UUUCCGGAUCCGGCAAGACAUCGCCCGACUUUCCCUUUUCCAUGCUUUGAAUCUCGAUUUUUGGCAGUGUGUUUCGUGCAAUAUUUUCUUAUUCGGGGCCUAGAAACGAUAUUACUAUAAACUAAAUAAUCUAGUGUUGACUGUUGCCAUGCCAGUUGCUAACUCUUGGUUUUGGAAUGAGCGUUUUUGGCUACCGAUCAAUGUGACAUGGGCGGAUUUGAGAAAUUCGGAUGAAGCCAGAUAUCCACAAGCAGAGGAUCUUUACUCAGCCUUCCCUUACGCUAUCUUGAUCUUUUUGAUCAGAAUAGUUUUUGAAAGAUUUGUAGCAACUCCAGUUGCUCUAUGUAUUGGUGUCAAGGCUGGCAGAGUCAAUAAAGCAGAGUCAAAUACUAUUCUGGAGAAAGUAUUUAAGACUGUUACACAGUAUCCAUCGAAAAAACAUGUCCAGGGAUUGGCUAAACAGUUGGACUGGUCUACUCGACAGGUGGAGAGAUGGUUUAGACAUCGGCGUAAUCAGGAAAGACCAACAUUGUUGACAAAAUUCUGUGAAAGCAGUUGGCGAUUUACAUUUUAUACAGCUGCAUUUAUUUAUGGAUUCCAGCAUAUGAAAGAACUGAAAUGGUUCUGGGAUACAAAGUACUGUUGGAUUGAUUACCCUUAUCAGAGUUUGACGGAUCAACUGGAGAAGUACUAUCUAUUAGAGCUUUCUUUUUACUGCUCUUUAUUGUUCUCACAGUUUUUAGAUGUCAAGAGAAAGGACUUCGUACAGAUGUUCAUUCAUCACAUAGCGACUGUAAUGUUAAUUGGUUUUUCUUGGGUGGUCAACAUGAUUCGUGUCGGUGCUUUAAUUAUAUUAACCCAUGAUGUGUCUGAUAUCUUUUUAGAGGCUGCAAAGAUGACCAAUUAUGCCAAGUAUCAACGAAUCUGUGAUGUGUUAUUUAUUAUAUUUGCCAUUAUCUUUUUCGUAUCAAGAUUGAUUGUUUUUCCACUCUAUGUUUUCAAGAGUGCGGCAAUAGAGAGUCGUGAAAUUUGUGGUCCAUGGCCUUCUUGGUGGAUCUUCAAUAUAUUAUUGCUAGUAUUACAACUUUUACACAUCUUCUGGUUCUCCAUUAUUAUGAGAAUGGUAUACAAGUCUCUAACACAUGGCAAGGUUGAUAGAGACGCUCGUAGUGAUUGCGAAGAGAGCAGUACGGAUGAAUACAAUGAGGAUGAAGACGCAAAGGGAACAUUCAUCAAUAAUGGUAAAAUUGGCCAGAUGAAUUCAACUUACAAACAUUAAGAGUCAUCAAGUACUUGGAAGCAGUUUUCAUUUUUUUUUUUUGUAUUUUGCCUGCUUUUAUAAUUGCAGGCGUAAGUGACUGUUGUCUUGAGAAGCAUUAUGUAUAGAUAUUGUUGUCGUCUUGUGUAUAUUGCAGCUGAUGUUGAUGUAAUGAAAAUGGUUACUAGAAACCGAUUAAGGAUUUGUGAUUCUAACUUUGCAUUUAUUACCAUUUAAUCUCAUCCGAGUUGAUCUUGCAUGCUUGCUUAAAGUAAAUCAAUUAAUGCUCUAAUUUCCUGUGAUUUAUCUAACGUGUCUUCCAAAGGAUGAAUGUAAUGUACUAUGUCUCGUACAGGAUGUACUGUGAAUACUGUAAAACAUGUCUUUUUCGCGAGCAUGUCUUUUUAGCGAAUUUAGCGAGAGAACCUAUUAGCUAAUUCAAAAUGGCCAAGGCUUGGGGAUUUGUAUACAGUAAUCCGGAACAUAAAAAUUCGGGGCGCUUCCCAAUUACACUUGACAGUUUUUCUUUGUUUUUAUGGAGAUGAUAACUGCUCAUUUGUUUUGACACACGCCAGACAAGUAUUGUGAAAACAGGAAAUCAACAAUGACAAGAGAGAUUCGCUAAAUCAACAUUUCGCUAUUACGUCAUUUUACCACAAUUCGCUAAAAUUGCAUGUCGCUUUUUCAACAUGUUUUACAGUACUGUGUAUGGUUUAUAUUAUCAGCUGACCGUUAUUUUUCGUUGAUUGCUAAAUGGGUUUAAAUUGAAACCUGAUGAAUUUGGAUAGUUAACUGCAACGUCAAAACCUUUAAAAUGAACCCAGUACAGUAACAUACUAUCCUGCAUGUAUAAAGGACAUGUCAGUUAUUACUAUUCAUGCGUUGUUUGCAUAUUAAUUUAUUGAUUUGAUGCAAGGUGCUAGAAAACAUUAUAGUGCUUUCUGAUCUGAUUUUUUUUUUUGAUGCAUGACAGUACAUCAGCUUUGACCAGCUUCAAAGCAGAGAUUAAAAUGUACUUAUGGAGUAUUUAACUAUGAGGGCAUAAAGCAGGAAAAAUAAUUGAUAGAAGUUCAAAUCAAACUGCAUCUAUUUUCUUAUCACCUCCUUAUAUAAUGGGUUACGAUAAUAAUCUACUUAUCAAAUCUUGUAUUGUGA